AUGGCCUCGACUCCAGACCAAUCUGCGUUCACCUUCCUUCCCCUCGGCGGGAUUAUCCAAGAGAUUCGGGUUGCUGGCCAAAACAUCGUAUUGGGUUUCCCGACGCAAGAGCACUACGUCAGGUACAACUCCUCAUACUUUGGCGCAACUAUUGGUCGCACUACCAACCGGUUGAAGGAUUCCGUUAUUAAGAAUCUCAAUGGGCAAACAUACACCCUAACUACCAAACAAGGCCCGAACUCGCUGCAUGGUGGGAAAGAGGGCUGGGAUUCAAAGCUGUUUGAGGGCCCCAAGGCUGUGCUUAGGAAUGGGAAGGAAGCGUUGGAGUUCAAGUACUUGAGCUUGGAUGCCGAGGAGGGCUAUCCGGGCACCGUGGAACUGAGGUUAUGGUAUACAACUGGUAUGGAGGCGGCGGCUGAGAGUGGAGGCCGAGCCAAAACUGUUCUAGAGAUCGAAUACGAGGUCGAGUUUAUCGGAAAUGAGUGUGCAGAGACUGUGGUGGGAGUUACGAAUCAUACUUACUUUAAUUUGGGUGACAGCCUGACGAUCGAAGGUACAGAGGCAGUACUAGCCACCGACAAAUACCUGCCUGUAGAUUCCACAGGUAUUCCCCUGGGCACGAUAGAGAAGUACACCUCAACGGAGGUCAAGAAGCCUUUCCUCCUCGGCGCCACGUCCCCAGAUUUCGAUCACUGCUUCGUCAUAGACACGGAUGCGGUAUCAAUUCCCGUUGACACCCGCUUUCGGCCGCUACGUCUCAACGCAGCAUUCAAGCACCUUGUCACCGGAAUUCAUCUCGAGGUCCAAAGCACAGAGCCCGCAUUCCAGUUCUACACUGGUGAAUUUAUCAACGCCCCCCCAGUUGGUGACGCCCCCCCACGGGGCCCUCGAUCUGGAUUUUGUGUGGAACCUAGCCGUUAUAUCAACGCUCCAAACGAGCCCGCAUGGAGGAGCAUGAGUGUCUUGAAGCAGGGGCAAGUUUGGGGCUCCAAGAUUGUGUACAAAGUUUGGAAGGAGUAG